CAAAACCUUUUUGAGAACAUGCUCAGUGAACUUUCAUGAGUCUUCAUGUUCCGCCUUCUGUACCGCUGCCAUAGUCCAUUAAAACCUUACCGACGUUUCUUUUCUAGCACGCGUACAUACCUCGCAGAGGCCCAUCCUACUUCCUCCAAUGUCAUCCACGAAAUCGAACAAGAUGGUGCUCGCAUCCUUCAGGCUGUAAGGAAGCGCAUCAAAGUCAGGGAUGAAUUGCUAGCAAACAUGUCUGAGGAUAUGUCCUCUCCAGAGGACAUAGCACGCGCACGUCAAAUCAAAGAAUUAGAACCCUUGCAUGAAGCAUGGUCAAGCUGGACGCACGCUCGUCAGUCCUUGGAAGAAACACUACCCCUCAUGCAAGAUCCUGACCCAACCAUGCGUACCCUAGCAUCGGAAGAAUUCAGUUCCCUGGCCCAUACCCUAUCUACCCACAUAUCCGCAACGUUUCCCUCUCUUCUCGUUCCUCCAUCGUCUACACGCGACUUACAUGCUCUGCUGGAGUUGAAAGCCGGCGUUGGUGGGUCUGAAGCAGCUCUAUUUUUGUUGGACCUCCUGCGGGUUUACGUUCGAUAUGCUGGUUCAGUCGGGUGGCGAACAAGUAUCAUACAGAGCAGCGAAACCGAAAGCGGAGGGAUGCGCGAUGCUAUCCUCGAGAUUAAAGGGGAAGGGGCUUAUGAUGCACUGAGAUGGGAGAGCGGUGUACAUCGUGUGCAGCGCGUUCCCGCAACGGAGUCAAGUGGGCGGACUCAUACGAGUACUGUUGCGGUUAUAGUUCUGCCGCUGAGCGAAGAAGCUGAGAGCAUCGGCGGGAAUGAUGAACUCUUCAAAAUGGAGGAUGUGAAGGUCGAGGUAAUGCGUGCACGCGGUGCAGGUGGACAGGUGGGUUUUUUGUUUUCAUGCAGAGUAAUUGACUUUGACCAUCGUCAUCAGCACGUCAACAAAACAGAGUCUGCAGUCCGUCUCACCCAUACACCCACCGGUAUCACUGUCUCCAUGCAAGACGAACGCAGUCAGCAUCAGAACAAGCGUCGUGCUUUCCAAGUCCUUCGCGCUCGCCUAAUGGAUGUAAAGCUUUCACGAGAUAUCGCCAACCGCCGAGCCACUCGCCGGAAUCUGGUCCGCACCGCGGACCGCAGCGAGAAAAUUCGAACGUAUAAUUAUGCGCAGGAUCGCGUGACAGACCAUCGAAUCGGUCUUUCCCUCAUGAACCUCACCAGCUUCCUGGAAGGCGAUGGCGUGCAGGAUUUUCUGGAUGCCUUGCGCCGAAACUGGCAAGAAGAAAUCAUGGAGGAUGUUGUUGGAGAGUCUGAAUGAAACACGACACCUGCCUCUUGUCAUCGCAAGCACCCCUUCA